AUGUCCGCCACAACCACCGCUGUCACCGGCACCACCCUCUCCAUCACCAGUGCCACCCCAACCGCCUGCACCGGGGCUGGCGUCUACGAGAUCCCAACCAAAGACGCGGCCUGCGCCGUCCCCGUCGCGGGAAACAACACCGACGCCCUCCACCAAUGCUGCAAGGACGCCUCCGUCGAGGACUACGACCACGGCUGCGGAAGCUACUGUCUCGCUCAGGGACAGGACGUCGGCGAGCUCCAGAACUGUCUAUUCGCCGCCGGAGUCAAAUACCAAGAUGUCUUUUGCAGCACCAACCAGAAGAAUGCCACGGCCUCGGGCUCCGCGGGCUCGACGGGGACUUCUUCAUCCACCGCUUCCUCUACGGGGUCGUCGACUGAAUCCGCUACUGGCUCGGCGAGCACUGCCACGCAUUCCAGUGCCGCGGUUGCUGUGGUUGAUUAUCCUAUUUCCAAGUCCGGUGUUGGGUUGUUGGCUGUGAUGUUCUGUUCUGCAUUGCUGGGUGCUUUUGCUUAG